AUGGACGAUGCUUUGCGUCGCAGCAUCUUUGGUUCAUCUGAUGAAUCAGAUGAACCAUCGCCAGAAGGGCGCUCGAGGUCGCGAGACUCGGGCGCUAAUAGUGGUGUCGGUUCUCCUAUGGACACCAAUUCACAGCGAGGUGCCAGUACUUCUUUCGGCACGUCGCAGGAAGAGCGGGACCGCAAUGUCUUGCGUCUCGCUCCUGAGAAGAAGGCAUGGAUGCCUCCUAAAUCCGUCAUGGAUCACUUGUCGGCGACGACGAGUGAUCGUUAUCGAACACGAUUGUUCGAUUCGUCAAGGAUCCAUCACCUUGACCCCAGCGCGAAAGACUAUCGCGCUGAACACGAAUUCUUCAUCGAUGCUUUCUUCAGACAUCGAUGGUACAGUGGGAAUCACAAACGUGAUGGUCCCUCACUACUUCAGGCGUGGAACGCCUACAUCCAUAACCUCGAGGAUGUAGGUCGUGACGCUUGGAACGACAAACUUAUCAAAGCUCGUGAUAAGUUUGAAAGCGAACCCCGACAGGUGCACGCUACAAGCUGCAUCGUCUGUCAAGGGAGAAAGGAUUACCCUGCCUCUCUUGGGGAGACUCGUGCCCAUGUUGUGUGA